UGUGUGUUUCUAUAGAAACGGCUCAACACCUGCCUUCCCAUGAUACCUCGGCGCUGAACCGUAGGAAAACGGUAUGAUACACACGAGACUUCUACGGUCACCUGGGCAUAACGGGGCACGCAACCUGACUCUGRAUGUGCCUUUMAUGAAGUUGUUCCCGUUACAUUCAGAAUAAUUUUUACCAGGAAGUAUUUACCUGGAUAACYUGCACGCUUGAAGAACUCAGCUAUCUUCAAAGUAGCAUAACUUUCGUUCAGGUUGCGCAGUGGACUAUUUUAUGCGAAGCUCAAGAUGCUCAUUUGAAAAUGUGGACCGAAUGGACCUAAAAUAUCCGUAAAUGGCGUAUCGAUAGUGACCACCGUCCUAUCCUGUAACAGUGUGGUUUACUACGUUGAAAUUGGAUGCAUUUUUAUUUUUCUGGGGAAAUGAUCUAGCAUAGCCUUCGAUACUUUGACCACUCCAAUCGUCAUGAACUCUGAAAAGCCCAAUUUUCUAUCCCAACCUGUCGUGAAGAACAUUUUCGUUUAUCGAAAUGGAGAUCCGUUUUACGAGGCUCGCCGGUUAGUGGUAAACCAAAAGAGAGUGUCCAAUUUUGACACUUUUCUUCGAGAUGUGACUGGGGGUGUGCAGGCUCCGUUCGGAGCGGUGCGGAACAUCUACACCCCGAGAAUGGGGCAUCGGGUGGCCUGCCUGGACCAUCUACAGAGCGGGGAACAAUAUGUCGCUGCCGGGAGAGAGAAAUUCAAGAAAUUGGAUUAUUCACAGAUAGGAUCCAAAAAGAAGAGGAUGCUCCUUACUACUUCAGGGCAGCCUUAUCCACAGGCUAAACCGGUGCCCCAGAGUCGAAUCAUUGUAUCAGCAAGAUUCCUGAAACCCAUCAAAGAGCCCUGUUCGAUUUUUGUGGUAGCGAAUGGGGAUGUGUUGAACCCAGCGUUAAGGCUGCUGAUACCCCAACGGAUACUGGGCCAGUACGACAGGGUUCUGGAGCUGAUUACUGACAAAAUGGGUUUGAGAAUCCUGGGGUGUGUACGAAG